AUGCCAAAACUCUUGAAUAUUGAGGAAUUUAAUAAAUUUUUAUCCGAAUUUGCUGAAGAAAAUGCACUCACAUUUGCAUUUCUUGCAACACCAGCAGGUGGCUUAAUUUGUUCAAACGAAUUUACAAAUUCAAGAAUGGUUGUCGAGGCUAUUUCAACAGUAUGGCAAACAUUCCCAGAUCCAAACUGGGAAAGAAUCAUGUUUGAAUGGGAAUCAGCUCUUUGUAUCGUUAUGAAUUGCAAUGAAUACAUUUUUGGUAUAGAACAAUCCGAUCCAAAUCCAUCUACACUUGGCUUACUCAAACACAAAAUUGCUGUUGCCAAAAACUUCAUAAUGAAAACAUUAUCCGAGGAAUAA